UUCACACUGCAGUCCGCCUUGGUGGUGCGAGGUGGGCGGUACUAAGAACCUAGAAGUACGUCAUAGUUCAGAGGUCACUUGGAACUGUCAUGGCAGCGCUGUGCUGGAGCCGUGUGGUGGCCGCCCAAGGCCGUUUCUCGCGACUUCAUCUCUCAGUCCGUGGAUGUCACAGUGUCGGUGCCAGCACGGAGAGUGAGAGCGGGAGUCCUUCCCCAAAGGAGCCGGAAAAACGGUUGGGAGGCUUCGCUAGCGCUUUUGAACGCCACUCGAAGCUGCAGGAGGAGGCUGAGCCCCAGCAGGACUCACCAAGGAAUGUGAAAUCCUUUGCAUCUCUGCUGAGACAUUCUCCUAUAAUUCAGAUGGGACCUGCCAAAGAUAAAAUUGUCUUUGGACAAAUCUUCCAUGUUGUGGAAAAUGACCUUUAUAUAGAUUUUGGUGGCAAGUUUCAUUGUGUGUGCAAAAGACCAGAAUCAGAUGGAGAAAAAUACCAGAAAGGAACCAGAGUACGCCUGCGACUGCUGGAUCUUGAGCUCACAUCCAGAUUCCUGGGAGCAAAAACAGAUACAACUUUACUAGAAGCUGAUGCUGUGCUCUUGGGAAUCCAGGAGGGUAGGGACACAAAGUCCAAGGAAUCAAAAGACAAGUAAACUUUGGUGAUUUCAAGGCUUUAGAGACCAUUUGUUAAGCUCAAAUGUUCACCAAAUGUGUAAUUAGUACAAUGUCUGUGAAUGAAGAAAUGAAUAUAAGAUACAAAUCUCAAUAAAUAAAAGCCUUAAUUGUAACCACUA